AUGUUUACAGAAAGUUUCAAUACUUGGAUAGUUUCCUCAAUUAAUUCGCUUUUUGGAUCGGAAGUCCUAAAAUUUGAUGACUUUUUACUGGCAAUACUUGUGGUUAACUGUAUAUUAUACAUUUUUUUCACGGUUAUAUUCAUUCUCGCGCUAUUCAAACUCGCGCGGCAUGCACCUAGUCUUCUACCUUUUAAUCAAAAUAAUAAGAAUCAACCUGUUCGAGAACUACAAGUGCCGAAUGAAAAACCUGCUAAAUUAUCUAGGUUCACAACAACACAUAUUGUAUUACCAUCUCAUGCAGACUCUCGAGGCCUCGUUUACGGAGGUGUUGUUUUUGGUUGGGUCGAUUUAGCUGCUGGGACGUCCGCAAAAAGGCACGCUGUUACAAGAAGUGUUGAUGCCGUACAUUUUAUGCAUCCUAUUAGAGUUGGUGAUUUAGUUAUAAUUGUAUCAUGUGUUAACAAAUCAUGGAAUACUUCAAUGGAGGUUGGUGUACGUGUAGAGACGGAACAUCCAAUAACUGGAAAGCGAAAAUAUUGUUGUCAAGCAUACUUAACAUUUGUGGCUCUUAGUCAUAAAAAUUCGAAGAUUCCAGCGACAAUGAGGUUUGAAAGUUCGCCUGUAACUGUACCUCGAAUUGUACCAAAUACUGCCAUUGAAACACAUCGACAUGAAUUGGCCGAACAACGUCGUCAAACUCGUAUAUCUCAAUCUAAAAAUGCUCAAAUAGAACGAACUAAAUUAACUAAAGUACGAGAAGUAAUGCAUGAAUGGGCAGAACAUAUGAAUAUAGAAACAAAGAGUAGUGCUGAGAUACCACCUCUGUUACAAGAACCUGAUGCUUAUGAAGAACGGAAUGAUAAUUUAGAUAAUGAUCCCGCAAAACUAUAUCUUCAUAGAAGAAGAUCAACAUUACAAGGCAUCCUUCCAACACAACCUGAUGAAAAAUUGAUGAAUGAGAGUUUUGCAGAAAUAGCAGAUACUAUACUACCACAGCAUGCCAACACAUUACAGAUUACCUUUGGUGGUCAUAUCAUAAGAUUGAUGGAACAAUGUGCCCUUGUUAGUGCUUUUAAGCAUUCUAGGAGAUUUUUAUUAUUAGCGAGGCCAACUUAUGUUGGUGACUGUGUAACAGUACGUUCUAUAGUUUCUUGUACAUUUCAUUCAAGCUUGGAAAUAUAUGUGUCUGUGGAAGCUGGUAAUUGUUUAAAGUGUAUAUAA